AUGGCAUUACCUGACGGUGAAAUUAUAACCAAGCCUUUCGCGUAUUGGAAACCUGAACACCAGAAGCCUAUACAGAUUAUUGACUAUGUUGAGUGCAUAACCUUUUCUUUACAAACCGGUGUAUUCUGUUUGUUGCAAUGCUUCUGGAAUUAUCUAUCAAACAGUGUUGCCAAAAAGACUUUUAUGGGCUCAAAUGAAUUCAAACUCUAUAUAAUCUGGGCUAUUGCGAGUAUGGCCGUGUUCCCUUUCCUUCAGUGGUGGUACAGAAAUGAUGUGUUGAAACGGGAAGCUGUUCCACAGCUUGCUUAUUCGUGCGAAGUACUCAUUCUGGUCAUACUGGGUAUUCGAUCCCACUUUCGUUUCCUCAGAAUCAUCAAAAUUUCUCACAAGACUCAGAAUGCUAAUUCGCCUGUGGUCAUAAAGAUGACAUAUUUUAAAGAUAUGAAUAUCAUCCUGACUAUCUCCAUGCUUUCUUAUGGAGGAUCAUUAAUGAUUCUCUGUGCUGACGGUUUAACCGAAAAAAUGUUUCUUAACACUAGCAAGUUUGCUUCUGAUCUGAUUAUUGGCAACUGUAACGUUUCCGUUAUUUUUAUCUGGAUUGCCCUUAUUUCAAUUUUCCACCCUAGAAGUCAGUUCCAGCAAGAUAGAACUAUACAUAGUGCAAGUGAAGCAACACAGCAGAACACCAAACUUAGUAAUCUACCGGUCCGUCAUGAUCAAUCUACUGGAUUUGCGGUAAGCAGCACUGGUUCGGGUGCCUAUCGUUUGAAUGAACGUAUCACGAGUUUUAUGGCCACCAAGUUUCAGGCUGAGCAGACCAAUGGACUUGUUGAUGAAAACCCCGGAUAUGCCUACACCACGCAGCAAAACGUCUUCAACUCUUCCUCUCAACAACCUUUGUCUCCCUUGUCCCCGCCCUCCCGGAAUAAUAUUGUGGGCCGUAACAAGAUAUCAGUUGAAGAUCCCUACAGCAACGAAGACAUUACCUUUACAAUGGUGGAUCCUUCUUCACGUCCUGUUCAAUUGAACAGCCGGUUUGAAGAUUCUGCUUAUGAAAAUAUUGAAUACCAACAUCCCACAGAACAUUCCUCUUCAAACCCCCUAUUUCAGCCUAGUAAUAAUUCUUCUGGCUUUAGUCGCAUUGAGCCAAACUCUCCAUUGCCUCCAGUCCCAGGACAGAAUUCUGCUAAACCUUCUAGAUUCGAUCCUCUUUCUUGGGAACAGACCCAAGCAAGCUACGAUCCUAAUUAUCCCUAUCUCGAAACUCCCCCAAUUGCUGUGCCUAGUGGAGGGCGCGAUAAAUCUGUUGGGCAAGAUUGGUUAAAGCAAUCUCCCCACAGACGCACCAGCUAA